AUGAACCUUUCACAUCCAUCACAUGUGGCGACUGUUUUCCGUAUCCUCACAAGUAAUGGGUUUGAUGGUGAUCAUGAAGAUGAUGACAAGGGAGAUUACUUUCAUCCUGAAGCGUCUCCUCUAAUCAAAAUCAUACUGCUCUAUGAACAGCCUCAAGGAACAGGUCUUCAUUUGAACUUAACCCUUGAUCCUGCACUGACAACAGAGUCCUUAAAAAUUGACCUUGCAAAUGUGAUUAAUGUUCCUGCAGAAUUCAUGAAACUGAUACACCUAAAUACAGUACUUGAGGAUGAUAAAUCUCUCUGCAACCAGUCUGUUGAACCAAAUGCCACUAUAGUUUUACGAGAUAGCAGACUAACUUACAAUUUCCCAUAA